AUGACAAGGCCGAUAACAGAAGCAGCCAUCACAGAUCUCUACAACACCAUUUCUCCCAAAACCUGGUGCAUUGCGGAUUUGGGAUGUUCUUCUGGACCUAACACUUUCAUGGUGGUUUUCGACCUAAUCAAAACCGUCGAUAAAAGGCGCAAAACUUUAGGCCUUGAAUCUCCAGAAUACCAGAUUUUCUUGAACGAUCUACCUAGUAACGAUUUCAACACCAUUUUCAAAUCAGUGCCUGAAUUCCAAGAGAAACUAAGGAACGAAAUGGAAGCUGGUUUUGGGCAGUGUUUUGUGACUGGAGUUCCUGAAAUGGAAGAAGCAAACAAGGGAAACAUUCAUAUAACAAAUUCAAGUCCUCAAAGUGUUAUAAGUGUAUAUGUGAAGCCAUUUGAGAAGGAUUUUUCGGCUUUUCUAAGAUGUCGUUCAGAAGAAAUGGUGACUGGUGGCCGCAUGGUUUUGGCAUUGCAGGGAAGAAAAAGUGAGAAUCCUUGCAGUACGGAAGGCAGUUAUUUUUGGGAGCUUUUAGCUAUGGCUCUUAGGGAAAUGGUUUCAGAGGGUUUAGUAGAAGAAGAGAAAUUAGAUUCAUUUAACAUUCCUGAUUACAAACCAUCUCCGGGCCAAGUUCGAUCUCUAGUCGAAUUGGAAGGGUCUUUCAAGAUCGAUCGCCUCGAGACUUCGGAGAUUCAUUGGAAUGCAUAUGAAGGUGAAAUUUUGGAAGAUGGAAAGUUUAGAGAUGGUGGAAACAAUCUUGCCAAAUGCGUAAGAGCUAUAGCGGAGCCUUUGCUUGUUCGUCACUUUGGUGAAGAAAUUAUUGAGGAGGUUUUCUCCAGGUACAAGGGAAUACUGAAUGAUUAUAUGUCUAAAGAACAGAGCCCUCUGUUUGUUAAUGUCACAGCCUCCUUGAUCAAAAUGAAUUGA